ACCAUGUGUAAAUAUCCAUAUUGUUUCACCAUGUGCGACAGAGCUGCAGUGUCGUUUAUGAUCAUGACCAGAAAUCUGAGGACCUUUUUUCCUUGUGUGUUGAGGAUUCCAGUUAGCAAUGACUUUCCCUUCACCUGGAAUUCUUCCUCUUUCACAUUCACUGCACCUGUACGCGGACAGUCCACAAGCGUGAAAACACGCUCAUACCUGCAGUAUCUGAAACGAAAAGUCAUAGCGCCACCUGCUCCUCCUUACAGUCAUGUUUGUCAGGUUGGAGAUCCAGUGUUGCGGUGCAAAGCUGCAGCUGUGGACCCUGCAGCUAUAGAGGGACCUGAGGUCCAGCGUGUGAUAAAAAAGAUGGUAACAGUAAUGCAAAGGCUAAAGUGUGUGGGAAUAAGUGCACCACAGGUCGGUGUUCCUCUGCGCAUCAUCGCUAUGGAAUAUUCAGAUAAGAUGCUGCAGGACAACUCGCCUGCUACCAUCCAGGCCCGGGGUCUGGUCACGGUGCCACUCAAGAUAUUUGUGAAUCCUGAGCUCUCUGUGCUGGAUGGACAGACUGUGAGCUUCCAGGAGGCUUGUAAGAGCAUCUCAGGCUAUUCUGCUUCUGUGCCACGAUACAUCUCAGUAAAGGUUUCAGGGCUGAAUGAAAAUGCUGAACCUGUUGCCUGGCAAGCAAGUGGCUGGCCGGCGAGGAUACUGCAACAUGAAAUGGAUCAUCUCAAUGGAAUUCUUUAUGUUGACCGAAUGGACUGUAAAACCUUUAUUAAUGUGAACUGGGAGCAAUACAAUGAAUAGCAGUUUUAUAGCUUCUAUUUUGCCAUUAUUUUGUCUACCAAUGUUCUGUUUAUUUGUGCUAUAUAACUGGCCAAGUUAUAAGACAUGUUGGGUGAUUUUCAAACUCAGUGUUGUGUGUUACAUAAAAUAAAGUAGGUAAACCAGAAA